AUGACUAUAUCCGCACCCCAGCGACCUCCUCCUCUCCAAACAGGCUCAACGCCACCAGCCUCCACGCACAAAUCUCAAAUUCGUGAGAAGGUUUGGGAAGAAUUGCGCCAUGUCGCUAUCCCAGACUCAAGAUUCGACCACGACUACUCUUCAUUCAUAUGCGAUUUCGUGGGUUCCAAUGAUGCAGGUCGUCACUUAAUUAAUUUAGAUUGUUAUAUGUCUGCCGAGACAAUAUUCAUCGCUCCCGACAAUUGUUUGCAGGAACUACGAUGUCAGGCUCUGAAAGAUGGGAAAAUUGUCAUUUGUACAACAUAUGGGAUUAGAAGGGGGUUUUUCCUGUUAAAUCCUAAGGAAAUUCCGGAACGCAAGUGGGAGGUUGCGAGCUAUCUGGAUGGAAUGGAAAGAUAUGGGAGACACAUCACAUUGACUGCGAUACGAAGCGAAGGAUUAAGAAUACCAUUGAUGGUGACUGGAACCGGCGCCAUAAAUUACAAGGGUCUUCGAUUUGGAAAGGGUCAUGGAUUUUUCGACUUAGAAUGGGGAAUGUUAUAUUCGAUAGGGGCUGUGAAUAAGGAUACGAAAAUAAUAGCGUUGGUUCAUGAAUGUCAAGUACUGGAGGAAGAAUUCAAAGGCGAUCAGUGGGAUACGGGAUGCGAUUAUGUGAUUACGAAUAAAAGAGUCAUUACCGUUGCUGGAGCGGCAAAACCGGGUUAUGGCAUUAUAUGGGAUAAAUUGGAUAGAGGAAUGCUGGAGGAUAUCGAGUCGCUGAGAGAGUUGAAGAAUAUCAUCUCGCCGCCGGAGUUGAAAUCUCCGCAGGAGCAUAUGGAUUUCUCGGAAGAGGCGAGGUUGUAUAUGGAUUACGCAAGUUUUGACUUUUAAAGCGCGGAAUGGGAUAAGAAUACAUAUUGGGCAAUUUAAGGUCAACGGUUGGCAAUUUGUUUAUGCCAGAUUUGGUUCAAUACAUUGCUUAAAUGGCUACAGCACUUCUACAUAAUGUUCUCAACGUGAAUGACGACAGCAAGCGAUUGCUUAUGGCAGUCCAAAAUCUUCAAAUCGUGAAAGCAAAGCUAUUCAUAUAUUGUCCAAGGGUAUCCAAUAGUCCAAAAUAGCAAUCGAAUGCAGAAAUCAAAACCUUCUAAUCAUCAUAGUGACGUCCAGCCUAUGAAAACUGCUACAUUUCCUUAACCAUCACAAAACAUAACCAUCAUAUUCCUCCUCAGAUCCCAAUUUCUACCAUGACAAAAGCCAUACAAAUGCGCAUUCCCCCAAAGCGCGAAUGCCCGGCCCAGCGCCGCAUUUCCUCUCCUCUCAUCGGUUUCAAAAAGGAGACUGACCUACCACUCGAAAAAUAUAAAUACAUUUCUUCUCUACGCCAUCCGGUGCUAAAUCUAGGUAACACUCCUUCGUAACCAGUGACAUAUGCGGCAUCUGAACCCCCGUCGCCGCACUCAUAAUACUCUCAUUCGCUUUUCAGCAUGACCUGGACUCCUCUUCCUCAUUGAAGCCCUUUAAGGAUCUAGAAUUGAGGAACGAGGUUUGAAUAGAUGUGGCGCAACUUCAUAUACCAUGCCUAGGUAGAUAAAACAUCUUCAGCUUCCGCGGCUUAU